AUGUUGAUAUCAACAAAGAACCAUGGUUCCACGGUGUUCUUCCGCGGACCGAAGUUGUUCGGCGACUUUUUGGUGCGCGAAACAAGCAAAGCCACGUCGAAUUCUUACCUCGUGCGACGUAAUCGAGGGCACCGCCAAAGACGAAGCGAAUCGCCCACCUCAACGAACCUCUGGUCUGUGUCGUCCACCUCAACGACAGUCAUCACCGGUGGGUCCUCUUCCACCACUUCCAUAUUCCCUUCACAGUCUACCGAGGAUAUCCGGUCUGAUCGUUGCAAUGGAGUCAAUGGAAAGGUCGUGGUCACUAAGAUGGUCCUCUCAGUGUACUGGAACGGCCAUAAGCACUUUAUCAUCCAGGGUGGCGACGAGGCCGCGGAAAAUGGCUCCGGGGAUUUGGGCAACCGACGUGGCGGCUGGGACCUCAUCGAGUACCACAUGAGAACGGGAAAACCCGUCACCCAGUCCUCCGGUGCUCUCCUCUUCAACCCCAUCUCACGACCUGACUGGCAACUCGACAACAAGGAUGUUAUUUUACUAGAGAAGAUCGGACAAGACACUGGUGUUGCGGCACUGCUCUGUUCGUUGCCAACUUCCCGUUAUGAUCUUGCUGCCCGUAAUUGCCUCCUAACCGAAGAGCGAGUGCUUAAAAUCGCCGAUUUCGGGAUGGCUCGCGAGGAACACGUCUAUGAGGUUAGUUUGGCCGCCGACCACUCGUGCAACCUUUGUCAUCCAACCAAUCAUAAUUUUGCAUUAAGAAGUGCCUUCACGACCUCUAUUUUCACGGACCAACAAAUCUUACUUUGA